AUGCUUGAUGGGUCAAGCCCCCAGGCUGGCAAGAUCUGGAAGAAGGCCAAACUAACCUUCUCCUUUGAUGGCAAACAAAUGACUGAGACCUUCCUAAUCUGCAACACAGGGUCUCACGCCGCCAUCUUGGGAUUGAAGUGGUUAGACGCCCACAAUCCGGAAAUUGAUUGGAACCUGCGCACUCUCUCCUUUCCUCACGCUCCACCAGAACAGGUAGCCAUUGCCAAAGAGGAAGAAGCUGACAAGAACCCUCUUGAAGGAAUACCCCUGGAAUACCAUCAAUAUGCCAAGGUAUUUGGGGAAGAAGAAUUCAAUAAGCUUCCACCCCACAGGCAUUACAACAUUGGGAUUGAAUUAACAGAAGAAGGCCCCUUGAACUCUCCACUAUACAGUAUGACUGAUGCCGAAUCCGCUACGCUCAAGGAUUGGCUCAGGCAUGAGCUCAAGGCAGGCAAAAUACGUCCCAGCAAGUCUUCUAUUAGCUCCCCUGUAAUGUUUGUACCUAAGAAGGAUGGCUCCCGCCGUUUGGUUGUUGAUUACCGUUGCCUCAACAACCACACCAAGAAGAAUGUCUACCCGCUCCCUCGUCCAGAUGACCUCAUGGCCCAGCUCCGCGGUGCCAAGGAAGGCAACGAAUGGAAGACCGCCUUUUGCACCAAGUACGGCCUCUACAAGUCCCUGGUCAUGACAUUUGGUUUGACAAACGCUCCUGCCGCCUUUCAACACUUCAUGAACAAAUUGUUCAAGGAUCUCCUGGAUGUAUGCGUCAUCAUUUACCUUGAUGACAUCCUAAUCUACUCUAAAGAUGAUGCAACACACACCCAGCACGUUCACGAGGUCCUACGGCGCUUAAUGGAAAACCAAUUGUUUUGUAAGGCAUCCAAGUGUACAUUCCAUGUCACCUCAGUGGAGUAUCUAGGAAUAAUUGUAUCGGAUAAGGGAUUCAGCCUGGAUAAGCUCAAAAUCCAGGUGGUCCAAGAAUGGCCUACACCCACUAAGGUCAAAGAAGUACAAUCGUUCCUAGGUUUUGCCAACUUCCUACGCCACUUUGUUGCCAAUUUCAGCCACAUGGCUAGGCCGUUACACAAUCUGGUCAAAAAGGACGUGCCAUGGAAAUGGGAUACCAAGGAACAGGAGGCUUUCCAGGGUUUAAAGGAUGCCAUCACAAACGCACCGGUCCUCUGUCAUGCUGAUCCAACCAAACCUUACUUCUUGGAAACGGAUGCAUCUGGCGCAGCACUAGGGUCCAUACUUAGCCAACAUCAGGAAGAUGGCCGUCUCCAUCCACUGGGCUUUCUGUCCAAAUCUUUCAAAGGUGCCAAACAGAACUAUGACACCCACAACAAAGAACUUUUGGCAAUAAUUAGAUCCUUUGAAUACUGGCAAAUCUUCCUGGAAGGCACAGCACACCCAAUCACGGUAUUCACCGACCACAGGAACUUGGAAUACUGGAAGGAAUCCCAAACCUUCAACCGUUGUCAUGCCAGGUGGCACUUAUUAUUAGCUGGGUAUAACUUCCAAAUUGUUUACCGCCCUGGGAAACAGUCCGGGAAACCAGAUGCCCUUUCACAACGCUCUGAUCAUGCCAAUAUCCCACCUGCCAACCAAACAAUGCUCCCUGACCCCGUAUUUGCUAACGUUGCCCUGGUGACCCCGGAAAAAGAGUUACAGCGCCAGAUCAAGUCAUUGCUUGACCAAGAUGAGUCAUUGGAAGAAAUCCUACAGUUCCUGCAGAAUGAGUCCAAAGCCCCGCCGUCAAUCAAGCGUGCCUUCAAAGAUUACAAAAUGGAGGCGGGCCUGUUAUUCUACCAAGGACGAAUUGUAGUCCCUGACGUUGGCAUACUAAGAACGGAGCUACUCUGCAUAUUCCAUGACAGCCCCUUGGCCGGACACCCCGGGAGGCAGCAAACGUUGGAAUUGAUCUCCAGGAAUUACUAUUGGCCCGGCAUCCGCUUGGACACCUACUGGCACGUGGAUUCCUGCAAAACUUGUCAGCAAAUUUGCAAACCCAAGUACGCCUCCAUUCCCCCGCAACCCCUGGAACUUCCAUCCAGACCCUGGCAACACAUCUCCUACAACAUGAUAGUAGAUUUACCUAAGGACGGGAAUCAUGACUCCAUCCUGGUUAUUGUUGACAGCUUCACCAAGUAUGGUAUCUUCAUCAAAUGCUUGAAAAAGUUGAAAGCUCCCAAACUGGCGGAUUUAUUCCUAGAAAACGUCUGGAAACGGCAUGGAAUGCCCAAAAAAACAAUCUUGGAUAGGGGGAGGGUCUUUAACAACAAAUUCCUGAAGGCUCUAUACAAACGCCUGGGAAUAGACCCCCACUUCUCUUCAGCGUAUCAUCCUCAGAGUGAUGGGCAGACAGAACAAGUAAACCCUUCCAUCGAACACUUCCUAAGGGCAUACUCUGGCAUCAACCAACGGGACUGGACAAAAUGGCUGCCCAUGGCGGAGUUUGCUUACAAUAACGCCGUACACAGCAGCACCGGGAAGACCCCUUUCAAGGCGCUGUAUGGCUGGGAACCUACCUUAACCCCGUCAAACGUACCAACAGACGUUCCAGAAGCAGACAACCUUGCCCAGACAAUGGAGGCACAAUGGAAGGAAGUGGAAUCCGCCCUACGGCAAUCUAAGCAACGGAUGAUAGCCGGGGAAGACAGAAACCCAGUGGAAUUCAAAAUCGGAGAAGAAGCAUGGCUGGACGCCAAAAACGUGAAUCUCAAGACCUUGAGCCCCAAGUUGACUGAACAACGCUUGGGACCAUUCAAAGUCAUUGAGAAAAUCUCCGACCGCGCUUACCAACUCAAACUUCCCCCAACUAUGCAAAUCCACAACGUAUUCUACGUAGGGCUCCUGUCAAAAGUCAAAAGGGAUGACAAACGCACUUUUGAAAAUUGCCCCCCUCCGGUUACUGUAGAUGGGGAAGAGGAAUACAAGGUAGAAGGGAUAACGGACAUGGAAGAAAGGGAUGGAAAAUGGUUCUUCAGGGUCAAAUGGAAGGGCUAUGGACCAGAAGAGAACACGUGGGAACCCCGGGAAAACCUCAAAAAUGCGGGGAAAAUUUUGAAAAAAUAUGAAGAAGAGAUGAAGAAGAAGGCCCUUGGCGCUGCCAAGGCCCUUAGAGGGGGGGCAGUGUUGUAG